GAAUGCAAGACUUAAUUUGUCGUUUCACGGGCGACGGUGAACCAAAGGAAUUGGCAUGUGUUCGCUCAAUAGAACAUUGUAUGCUCGUGCAGCGAUCGUGUGAAGAAAUUACGGUGGGUUUUCGUACGCGUCGGAGUCUGUGACACCCGCUGGCCCAAUGGAGCCGCGUACUCUCGCUGUCCCGUUGGCUUUGUUGACAUUCGUCGUACUGGCUAGUGCAGGUGGUUUGUAUUUUACCAUCGAGCCACAGGAUGUUAUGGUCGAGCAAGGUGGUCCAGCUAGAUUGGAUUGCGAAGCAAAAAGUAUUUUUGGAGAACCAAAUAUAGAGUGGCGAACUGAUGAUGGUCAACCAAUUAAUUUUAUUGGGGACAGUUAUCGAUCUCAGCUAGCAAAUGGGUCCUUGUAUGUAAAUAGCGUUUAUGGCAGUAGUCCAGAAUUGACUGGUAGCUAUCAGUGUUUAGCUUCCAUAGAUAAAGUUGGAGCAAUUGUCUCUCGACCAGCUACAAUUAAACUUGCAAGUUUGCCAGGAUUUGAAAAGGAACCUCAAGACACAAUGGUUUAUCCAGAGCAAAUUGCAUAUUUAAGUUGUACUCUCCCUUCAUCCUCUAGUUCAGUCAGUAUACAAUGGUUAAAAGAUGAACAUCCACUAGUACUUGAUGAUAGUAGAAUGACAGUUUUACCAUCAGGUGCAUUGGAAAUUGAUGAAGUUAACGCACAAGAUAUUGGAUCAUACAGAUGCAAUGCUAGUAGUUACGGACAAUAUAGACUCAGUAACAAAGCACAAUUAGGAUUAUUGACAAGCGAUAUCGAUCAAGAAAGCACACCACCCGUCUUUAUUGCUAAACCAUUGCAACAAGUAGUUGUUGAAGGAUCCACAGUAACUCUUGAGUGCGCUGCCAAUGGUUAUCCAAAGCCAAGUAUACUUUGGCUAAAAGAUGGUGUUGCUAUCGAUUUAGCAUCUCUUGAUUCUAGGUAUCGUAAAGUUGCAGCAUCCAGUCUUGUGAUUAGUAAUGUACAAGAAAUAGAUAACGGUUCUUAUCAGUGUCGUGCAGAAAACGAAGUUGAAACAUUGGAUGCAGCUGCUGAUUUAAUUGUACAAGUCCCACCAAGAUUUAUAAAAAUGCCAGAAGAUAAGGUAGCUAGCGAGCAUCAAGAUUUAGAAUUUGAAUGUGAAAUUUAUGGAAAGCCAGAACCAAAAAUUAUAUGGCUAAAAAAUGGUGAACGUAUUACUUUUAGCGAAUACUGGCAAAUCAUUAAUGGCAGCUACCUUAGAAUUAAUGGCCUAUUAGCUAUAGAUACUGGAAUUUUCCAAUGUAUUGGAACAAAUUCUGCUGGGAGUGUACAAGCUGCAGCACGUUUAACAAUCAAUCAACCUAGAAAAGCAAAUUCCCAUAGGACAACUACUCCAAAGAUAACUCCUAAAAAAAAGUUAUUAUUGCAUCGUCAAUUGUAUAAUAAAACAUGGCAACAUCCGAGCACCCUUUUAGGCCAUACGCUAUCCGCGUUCACGCCUAAUCCACCGCUUUCCAUUAGUCCUUCUGAUGAUCCAGCAGAUCUUCCUGGAUCUGUUAGAUUUCCUAAUUCCCUUUACGACCCGAAAUCCCAUUUUAUAGACGACACGGACAAUCUGGAAUCGAUAGAAGGAAGCGUCCCAUCAGCUCCAAGGAGUUUAAGUCUCGUCAUUGUCACCGCCAGAUUCGUAACUCUACGAUGGCAAGAACCAGAAAAUACAAAUGGAGAUAUUCUAAAUUACUAUAUUUAUUACAAACAAGAAGGUGCUCAAAGAGAAAGAGUACAUACCCAACAAAAAUUAGAAGCAAUGAUACCAGGCUUACAACCAAGUAUGACGUAUCAGUUUCGAGUGGUCGCUUUAAAUGCGAGAGGUCCUGGAAUGUCGAGCGAAGUAUUACAAGUCACUACACUCACAGAGGCCAAUGUUCCUGGACCUCCAUUGAAUUUAGAAGGUCAUGCUACAAGCAGCACGAGCAUUUCUUUAUCUUGGGAAAAACCGCAAGUUGUUAAUGGCAGAAUUUCUAAAUACUUAAUCACAUUUGUAGAGGGUGACAAUGAGGAAAUAAUGCGUGAAACGAUUAGUACCAUGCACGAAUUGAUAGAUCUCGUGCCUUAUACGGAAUACAGUAUUAGAGUUCAAGCUGUAAACGAAAACGGUCCAGGCGCGUUUAGUAGAGAUAUCAUAGCGCGAACUUAUAGUACACAACCAACUGAUCCACCACACAAUGUUACGGUAGAACCAGCUAGUCCUACAAGUAUUAUAAUAAGAUGGGAACCACCACUCGAAGGACAAAAUGGGAUUAUUACUGGCUAUAAAAUCCGUUAUCGUCGACAUGAUCGAGGUUCACAACCGGUCACUAUAACGACUGAAGGAAACCAACGCUCAAGAGUGCUUACAGGGCUUGAGAAGCAUGUUGCCUAUCAAAUUCGUAUAUGUGCCUUAAAUGUGAAUGGAACGGGACCUUGGACAGAAUGGAUACAGAUAGAAACGUACGAAACCGAGUCAGAUGAAAAAAGAGUGCCAAAUACACCCAGCAAUUUAAAAACAAAAGUGAUGUCAGAUUAUAUACAAGUAUUUUGGAAUCCACCGAAGGAUCAGAGUAUCAAAGUAAAGGGAUAUAAGCUGGGUUGGGGAAAGGGUAUCCCUGAUGUUGAAAUACAACUUCUUGAUGGAAAAGAACGCUCUUUUACUAUAGAUCAAUUAGAACCAAUGACGGAGUACGUUAUAUCCUUGAGAGCAACGAAUGAUGCUGGUGACGGUCAACCUGCAUAUGCAAAUGUUAGAACAACCGAACGUUCUAUGUCUGAAUCUUCUGUGCCUUUGAUACCGCCGGUUGGUCUUAAAGCUGCUGUUCUUUCGGAUACUACAGUAGUACUAUAUUGGACUGAUACGACAUUACCGAAAACUCAAUUCGUAACGGAUAAUCGAUACUAUGUUGUGCGUUACACGCAUCACCAUAGCAGUAGCCCUCGUUAUAAAUAUUAUAAUGCCACUGAUCUUAAUUGUAUGGUGCGUGAUUUAAAACCGAACACGCUGUAUGAAUUUGCAGUGAAACUUGUUAAGGGGAAGCGAGAAUCACCAUGGAGUAUGGUUGUUUCGAAUCAAACUCAGGAAGCUGUACCGAGCUCUGCGCCAAGGGAUUUAUUAAUACAAAGUAUCGAAGACCGUCCAGUAUCCGUUUUAUUACGCUGGCAGCCCCCUAAACAACCUAAUGGACCAAUUACAGGAUAUAUUAUUUUUUAUUCUACCGAUAAUACAAAGCGGGAUCGUGACUGGUUAAUUGAAGCUGUUAUUGGCGACAAAACUGAAUUCAUUGUCAAAGGCCUUAAAUCAAGUACAACUUAUUACUUCAAGAUUCAAGCACGGAAUUCAAAAGGAUAUGGACCCCUUUCUACAACUGUUCCAUUCAAAACACCUCAAAGCAAUGGCAUGGAUGUCUAUGAUGAAUUGCAUGGUCGAGAUGGACGAGGACUCUCGAAUAUACUCAUCUAUAUUAUCGUGGGGUGUUCUAUUGUUCUCAUCACCGGCGUAGCAGUUGUAGUGGUAGUGAUGUGCUGUAAGCGAAAUCCGGAUACACCUGAUAGAAAAAAAAGUUAUAUAAAAGAUGUGAAUCAAAAGACAAACAUCAAGCCGCCAGAUUUGUGGAUUCAUCAUGAUCAGAUGGAGCUUAAAGCUCUUGAAAAAUCUUCAAUUAAUGGGGAAGCUUCUACCAGUGGUAUAGCCAGCAACACACUUCCUAGACCAAGUAAUCAGGAGUAUAAUCAAGAGAAUGUGCAUGGAAAUUCUAGUUCGUUGGACAAGCGUACUUACGUGCCAAGUUACAUGGGUAAUACUGACGAGAAGUGCUCAACCCUGAGCAGACAGCAUAGUCGGGGAAGCCACAAACCUAAACUCAUUACACUUCCUGUUGACAGUGCGUCUUUACAUCAACCUAUAGCCACUGCUACACCGAUCGUGAAUACAAGUAUGUCACAGCCAACGAUUCACACUUCCUGUAGUGAUACGCCAUCCGUAAGACAAAAUUAUCCACGAACGGUAGCCCAGUAUAGCCUAAGUCGAGCGCAUAUCACGUUAGAACCGACACCUGAAUCGAGUCCAGAUUCUUGUAAUAUUUCAAGCUCAUACGAGCCGUUGCAAAAUCAACAAUUAUCAUACGGAGCAAGCGGGCAACCGUAUACCGGUAGCACUCAAUAUGCCUCGGGCCAUUAUGGUAAUAGUAAUCAACCAUCAAGCAGUAGUGGUGGGACUGACAGCACUAACAAUAGUAAAAGGAUGCAGGGUCAUCCUUUGAAAAGUUUUAGUGUGCCUGCACCUCCGCCACAAUCUGCGCCUUCGACACCAGCGCAACAAAAACAUGGUGUCUCUCAAGUUACUGUAAGGCCUACGAUGUCUGGUAGCCCGUAUAAGAAGCCACAAAGUUCUACACAAUUAGUAAAGAAUCGAUUAGCCUCAGUUUCAAAUCCGGUACACACUUCAGAAGAAGUUGAACGGUUAAAGCCUUCUUACAGUACGGAAGAACUAAAUCAAGAAAUGGCUAAUUUAGAGGGUCUUAUGAAAGAUCUAAAUGCCAUAACAGCGUCUGAGUUUGAGUGCUAAAAGAGGUUCCUAAACCUUGUGCCAUCUCAAUUCAAUAGACUGCAAUGAUACAUUCUCAAUGUUAGUACCUGAGAGAUAGGUGUGACGAUCAUGUUACACGAUGAAACUUUUUACAAAGAUCAUAUUUCGGCACACGGAAAUACAACACGAUUGGCAGAGUGGAUACUCGAAGGGCCGAUGAACGGCGCGUUAUCGAACUUUUUAAACAGUUUGCCUGAAAAUUAUAUCAUCCCAGUGUUAUUGGACUAGAACGAGUGUUUCCUAGUCAAUUUGCUCUUUCCUCCGGUACUAACGUUGUUUUCUACAGCGAAACGCAAAGUGUACUUGCCAAUGUAAUUUGACACUGCCACAUUCUUAUAGUGAACUUGCAUUUUGCAAGAUCAUGAAUGGUACGAUUUGAAAGUGUUGAUGCAAGAAUUGGACGUUUUAUUACGAGCGGUUGAUGGUGUAUUUUUAUGUAUAAUUGCACACAGUGUAUGCAAAUCAAUCGAGACGAAAGGACAUUUAUAUGUUUGAAUCUUCUUUGGAAUUCUUUCCGACAAAUUAAAAUAUGUUAAAUUAAUAAUUCAAUGGAUUCGUAGCAAAGAGAAACGGUUUAAACGUUUCUCAGAUCUUAUAUGUGUAAAAGUUAUUGGUAACCAUAUGGGUUACCUUUUUAUCUGCUUUGGUGAAAAUGACGAUCUUGCCUAAAAAUAAUUCGUACUAUAUCCAAAAGCUCACGUACUCUUUGCCAUGAUUCUAUAAUCUAUAUUCAUAAGAGUACAUUUUCUAUAUCGAUACUAUCGACUGCCAUACAUACGCUUAGGGUAGCGAGACCAAGUGAGUCUCUCUUCAUUGAACAUUUUAUGGUUCAAUGUGUAAGGCGGAAGGUAGAAAUAUUCUUCCUAUUUUUUUAUCCGUCAGAAUUUUUUUUAUAACAAUUUUGGUAAUAGGUUUUAUACGGUACAGUACUUUCGGGCUAGUUAAUUUAGUAUUAAUAAAUUAAAGGGCAACAGAUCACUAAAAGGUUUUAUAAACAACAGCCGGUCAUUUAUACAUUACGCUAAAAAACGUGUUGCCUAUGGUUUUGUAAAUUUUAUUUAAUAGGCUGAGAUUUUCCACGCUGUCGAAAUCUUAAUAUUUUUGGAACACUGUGUAACGGUCUUGAAACGUUUGUAUUAAAUUGCCCUGUACCUUGUCCAACGAAACGAGAUAGCAGAUGGAUAGUUCCGUCUUUAUUCGUCGACCGUUAAUAUUGACGUUUGAUCUGUUUCAUCGUUUUGGGUGUUUGCUUUUGUUUGCUGCCUCGUCUCGUUGAACAAAGUAUAUACUCAGUGGCUUCGGCAGCUUGCUAAGGAAUUCCGUUUAUUUACGGGAAAAUAUACACGUAUACUCUUAAACCAACAAUGUAGUAUUACGAUCUCAUCGAGAAAUAUUAUUUUAGGAUUAAAUGUGAACAUCGAGUAUGGGUAUUAUGAUAAGUUGUACAGCAUUACGAAAGAAAGCACGAUUUGAUCUUAUAAAGAACACGAUAGUAAUUUUCGCGUCGAUAUAUUUACCGUUUCGAUAGUUCAUUUAUCUUAAGAAUUACGUUUUAAACGACCAGUUAAAAGUACUAUUCUUCCACAAAAAGGCACAGCGUGUUUACAUCCCCCCUCCUGUCGCAGUUUGCUGAUUCACAGGUAUUGGU